AACGUCAAGCAAAAACCAGCAACAUUUUAGAAAGUGCAAGUGCAAACUAUUAAAAUUUAAUUCUCCUGAAAAAAAAUAUAUUUAAUUAAAUAAUUUAAGUUCUAAAAUUGAAUAAAAGGAAGAAUAAUGUCUUCCAUGUCAAAGACAGCACAACCUUCGGGUAGUAGCACAAGUGCCUCCUCAUCGGCUGCCACCACCGCAGCCGCCGCCGCCGCACAACCAUCCAAUGUCCAGGAAUUCAAUAUACGUGUACCGAAAAAUCUGCGAAAAAAACACCACGUUAUGCGAUUCAAUGCCACAUUGAACGUUGACUUUGCCCAAUGGCGAAUGGUCAAACUUGAGCGGGAAAACAAUAUGAAAGAAUUCAAAGGAUUCGACGAGGACAUGCCUAAAUUCGGCGCCGGUUCUGAAUACAAUCGUGAUUUGCGUGAGGAAGUGCGUCGCAAAAAGUUUGGCAUCAUUGCGAAGAAAUAUCGGCCCGAUGCUCAGCCAUGGAUUUUGAAAGUUGGCGGCAAGAGUGGCAAAAAGUUUAAAGGCAUUCGUGAGGGUGGUGUAAGUGAGAAUGCAGCAUUCUAUGUGUUUACGCAUGCUCCCGAUGGAGCUAUUGAAGCAUAUCCAUUGAAUGAAUGGUAUAACUUUCAACCAAUUCAAAGGUAUAAAUCCCUUUCGGCAGAAGAAGCCGAACACGAGUUCGGAAGGAGAAAAAAAGUGAUGAAUUAUUUCUCGCUUAUGUUGAGGAAACGUUUGAAGGGUGACGAAGAGGAUCCAGAACAAGAUCCCGAAGAGGUCAAAGUCAAAGGAGGAUCGAAGAAGGCAAAAGAACUCAAAAUAAGUGACAUGGACGAAUGGAUCGACUCUGAAGAUGAAUCUGAUUCGGAGGAGGAAGGAGAAAAGGAAAAAAAAGAAGAAGACAGUGAUGACGAUGCCAAGAAGAAGAAGAACAAAAAAGGUCAACCUGAGAAAAAGAAGAAAAAGGACGUCGACGAUGAAGCUUUCGAAGAGUCCGAUGAUGGUGACGAGGAAGGAAGGGAAAUGGAUUAUGAUACUGAAUCAAGUGAAGACGAACCGGAUCCUGAAUCGAAAUUGGACAAGGAUAUGAAAUCAGUAGCUGAAGAGGAUGCACUUCGAAAGCUAUUGACAUCAGACGAAGAAGAUGAAGAAGAAAAGAAAUCUGAUGAAUCUGGUAAAGAUGAAGAAAAGAAGAAACAAAAAGAUAAAGAAGACAGUCCCAAGGAGAAGAAGAAAACAAAGAAACAAAACAAGGAUGAAAAGAAAGAUUCUUCAAGUGACUUCAGCUCAGACAGUAGUGAUUCAGAAAACGAAGAUAAAAAGAAGAAACCCAAUCCAAAGGAGUCAUCUAAAAAUCCAUCACGUGCUGGCACCCCUACAGGCAUGUCGACAGAUAUUAACAAGCGCAAGGGCAAUAGCAUGCCAUCUGAUUUGACUGGAUCUGAAAAUAGUAACAGUCCAUUGAGUACUCCAGCUAAAAGGAUGAAAGUCGAAUCAGCUCCAGCAUUGCCAUCCACUUUUGCUGGUGUUGUCAACUCCAGUAACAGCAAAGAUGACUAUGGUAUUACUGAAGAUGCUGUCCGUAGAUACUUAGUUCGUAAGCCCAUGACUGCAACUGAACUUUUAACCAAAUUCAAGAAUAAAAAGACUGGUGUCUCGAGCGAACGUCUGGUUGAGACUAUGACGCAAAUAUUGAAGAAAAUCAAUCCGGUGAAACAAACAAUUCAAGGGAAAAUGUAUUUAAGUAUUAAAACCAAAUAAACUUGUUAUAGUUUGGCGGUGGCAUUUUUUUGUUUCUUAAAUCAAAAUUUUUAAAUAAAAAUUAUCUCUAUUUUUUAAAGUUAUGUC